CAAAGUCAAAGCUGCUUGUCACUCAUUGGAAAAGUGGGAAAUCUUGAGAGUUCAACAGUUUGUUUGGCAUGAAAAAGAGCAGGCAAGUCUUUGAAUUUUGUAUGAAAAAAGUUGAAUGAUAAAGAGUGGUUGGGAAUCAUCUGCAGCUGUCUUACUCUGCAAUCUUCCUAGAAAGAACUGAAACAAAAGAAGCUGAACCUCUAUAUAUAUAAUAUAUGUGUAUAUAUAUGUACAUGUUAGAACAAGUCCAAACAGAAACGAAGCACAAGACAGCCAUCUCAAUUUCUCAAACCAAAAUGCAUUCCACCAAGAGAACCAGGCCAGCCUCUUCAAAUUCUUAUCAAAUUUUAUCAUUGUCAUCAUCAUCAGCUGAUAUGAUAGCCAGUAAUGAUGACAUAUUAACUCUAAUCCUUCUUUUCCUACGUCUAAAAUCCCUCCUCAAAUUCAAGAUCGUAUCAAAACACUGGCUUUCUCUCGUUACCCAUCCCAGGUUUUCUCCUAAACACAAUUCCAGAACCAUCUCAGGUCUCUUUGUGCACCGUCUUUCAGGCAAAACUAAAGCAGAAUAUGACUUCAUCAAUCUUAGUUCCAAUCCUUCUCGUGCUCCCUUUCGGUCCCUCACUUUUGUUGAUGAUCCAUCAGGGAUCAGAAUCUUGCAAUCUUGUAACGGCCUGAUGUUGUGCUGUAGCAUUCGUGCUGAUCAUCCAGAGACAAACUAUUACAUUUACAAUCCUACUACAAAGCAAUACACAGUACUUCCAGGACUAGGUCCUGGACCACGUGGCAGGUCUUCAAGGAAUAUUUUUGGUGUCAGUUUAGCUUUUGAUCCUUCAAAGUCACCUCAUUACAAAGUAAUUAGCAUUAGGAAUUGUGAUGCUGAUUUGCCAUAUCAUUAUCAGAUAGAGAUUUACGUGCCGACAACAGGCCCCUGGAGGCCUUCAGGUUGUACUUUCAUAGCACCAAGUAAUGUGCAAUUCAAAAAUGGUGUUUUCUGGAAUAGUGCUAUUCACUGGCUAAGUGACUGGGGAGAUUCACUAUACUUUGAUGUCGAAGAAGAGCAAAUCAGAGAUAUGCCAAUGCCCUCUGUCGAUGAAGAUGUGCUGGUACAUAGAUAUUUUGGAGAAUCUGGAGGUCAUUUAUAUCUUGUUGAAGUUUAUGGUUCCGAUAAUUUGCAGUUUGACGUAUAUGAGAUGAAGAGAGACUACUCUGGUUGGUUGGUGAAGUACAAAGUUGAUCUUAAUCCCAUUGCAGCAGCAUUUCCUGAGAUGGCUAGGGGCUAUGUUGAUCCAAUAGGCUUGCAUUCUUAUGCAUUUUCAAUACUCUGUAUUGUUCAUGAAGAAACUGAUGAGGACACAUUUUUGGUGCUGCACUUGCCUAACAAAGCCAUAAGGUAUAAUUUCAAGGACAGUAGUUUUAAAAAGCUUUAUGAUUUUGCCCCACGUCGUACUAGAGUUGGGGGUUAUAUUUCAUUAGAACUUCAAUGUUUUGAUGCUUAUCAAUUCAUUAAGAGCUUUGCUAGCGUCUGAUUAUCUACGUUGGAAAAUUUUGGAGUCCAAUUAUUUUUUUCUGCUACAAUUUUUUCUUGUGUUUGGUUUGGCUCCAUAUUUGGGAAAAUGUAACCAGUAAUUGGCGUUUGAUUAGUAAAAUAUAGACAAUAUUUGAUUGUUUAUGUUGUUCAGGUAUAUUGGCAUGAAAGUGCUAAACAUUUUCUGAGACAAUUUAACAAGGUUUCCCUUGAAACCAGGCCAGACCAGGGGCCAAAUAUUGCAAAGCAAUACUUUAAUUAGCCAAAUAUUAGAGAAGAUUUGAGUCCAAAAUUUCUG